AUGAUUCGUUUGUAUUUGACUGGGGGUGUAUUACCAAUCCCAAACUGCACAUUCGGUUGUGCUUGGAAUCCGAAAUUUGUAUUGUGUCCUGGAUUAGUCAUUCAUCCUUCCGGUCGUUUUGUAAAAAGAUCAUUUCCAGAAGGUCUAGCUCUCUUUUGGUUAUUAAGAGCUAAUAUCCACUUUACUUGUCCUAAAAAUGCCCAUUUGUCUGAAUCCUUUUAUCUUCAAUUGGAACAAUGGAUUGAAUCGUUGGAGUGGAACACAAAACACGGGCGACAAGAUGCUUUAAAGAAUCAAGAUGGUGAUAAUAUAGAUUCAACUAGUAUCGGAGAAGCACCUGAUGAAAUCUUACUGAUUAACUGCUCGAGUUCUUACAUUGGUCAGUCUAACCACUGGAGUUUAUCUGGAUAUUUACGAAGAAUUCGCAUUACUUGGAAGCUGAGAAAUGAAACAGAAGUUACAGAUCUUACGACAAUUACAAAUACAUCACUGUCGAGUACUUCUUCCUCUUCUGUUAUCUUUUUGAAUACAAGUUUCAGUGACUCUUCACUUUCAUCAAAAUCCCACUUAAACAAUCUGAAUGAUCAACAUUUUCUUUCCAGAUCAGGCAUUAAAUUCCUUGUGCGUAUCUCUUCACAUAUGCUAUUUGUAGGAAAUUUCUCUAUGGAACGCCAGAAAGCACUAUGUGAAUUUUUCUCUGGAUUUUGGUGUCUUCAAUCUUUUUCUACUUCUAAUACUGCGUCAACUAAUCAUUAUCACCAGGACAACCAAAGUACUCUUAUAUCACCACUAACACCAUUACCCAAUCAAUAUAAUAUCUUGUCAAAUUGUGAUUUGAGAGUGCCUAUGAAUGAAGUUAAUUUAUCACAGGAUGAAGCAAACUGUAAUAUGAUCCCAUUAAAUUAUUCCCUGAAAACAUCUAAAUUAUCUAAAGACGAUCAUUGGAUAUCUAAAUUACCAUGGAUAGUUCUUGCACCGGUACCUGCUAUAUUAAUCUGUGCUCUAAUACGUAUAUGUUCACAGAAACGUCAAUUAGACAUGAUUGAAGAUAAUAAUAAUCAUCAUCAUUAUAAUUUUAAUAUAAAUAAUCUUAAUGAAUGUUCAACAGUAAUAUCCAGUUCCACAACAGCAACAACAACUACUACAAAUCAUUGUGAUAAAUGUUUACAUAUAAAAUACAAAAAAUUACCUAGUAAUUAUUUUAUAAUUAAACGUAAAUUACACAAUUAUCGAGGAAGUAUACCGGGACUAUUGAAUCGAAUAAAUAAAUUAUCUAGUGUUAUUGAAGUUGAUGAUGAAAUUGAUCCCAAUAUAGAUCAACAAGUGAAUAUAUUGAAAAUGAAACCAUUGAAUAAUACUACUACUACUAAUAAUAAUAAUAAUGUUAAAACAAAAUUGGCAAAUAAUCCAAAUCAUUGUGAUAAUUCAUUACAACAUUGUUAUUCCUUACCUGAAUUUACUAUAAAACAUGAUGAUAAUGAUGAUGAUAAAUUCAAUAGUGAUUUGAUGUGUUAUAGUGUUAACAAUGUGAUUAUUUCCAAUCGAAAUUUUCAUGCAAUCAGUACUUGUUCAAGUCGUGAAGCAAGUUUCGAUGAUGAUGAUGAUAAUGAUGACAGGAUUAAUAUCAAUCAACAUCUUAUUACACAUUAUCAAUCGAUAGAAGCAUUUAAUAAAAGCAAAAGUUGUGAUAGUCUACAUGAAAUAAGUACACAAAAUGAAAGAAUGAAUUAUUUAUCGAUUUCUCCUUGUUCUUCCACUUCAUCAUCAAUAGAUCGUCAUAAUGAUGAGAAUAAAAGGAAUCAUGUAAUUUUAUCUGAUUCCCCCAGUGACAACAAUAGUCAAUUCAUCAUACAAAAAUUUCCUAAAACAAUCAUAAUAUCCAAUCAAUAUUCUAAUAAUGAAUCAUUAUCAAAUUUCAAAUUGAAUAUGAGCGCUCAAUAUAAUAAUCAAUAUCAUGAUCAUGAUGAUGAUGAUGAUGGUAGUUGUGGUGGUGUAAUAGAAUAUGAUUAUUAUAAUCAAUAUCAAUCAAGAAAUCAUUCAUUAUCUGAUUCAACAACAUGUAAUUCUCAACAGAAAUUCAAUGAUUUACCAUUGAAUUAUACUUCAUCUUUGAAUACAUUCGAUGAAAUACCAAGAAAACUUUCAACAUUGACAAAAUGUAUAAAGCAUAUUCAUCAAUUCAUGAAUUCUUCAUUUACACUUGGUAAUUAUUUAAAAAAUAAACAUGUAUAUAAUAGUCAAACAAAAUUAUUAAUGAUGGAAUCGAAGUAUAAUAUAUAUCAUAAUAGAAAUGAUUGA